CGCUCUUCUGGCCUUGGAAGCAGCUGCCUAGGCUUCACAACCACAAGGGGAGAUUCGGGAUUUAGGCCAUCUGUCCUUUCCUCGGGCUACCACCAUCAGUAAGAAAGGCAUUCGCUAGGUGCUCAUCAGUCUGUCUUGGGACAAAUUUCUGUGCCGCGAUCGAUAAAAUUUCGCGACAUAGCCAAAUGGGGCGCUUUUUGUGCGCCUUGACGGUGCUGAGCGCGAUCUUGAGCUUCUCGUCGUGUUCUAAUGCCCAGCUGUCGAACCUACCACUGAUCAACGAUCUUGCUGGCGCUGGCUGGACGAUCAAGAACGGCAAUGGAUCCAUCACUGUAGAUGCUGCUGUGCCUGUAUAUGCUCUGGAGGCGCUUCACAACGCCAAGCUCGUGCCGGAUCCGCUGGAGAGGUUCAAUGAGCUCGCUCUGCGAUGGACAGCGUCUGAGACGUGGGUGUUCGAGCGGCUGUUUAACGUGAGCGCGAGCAUGGCGUCUCAAGACAAUCUGGAUCUUGUGUUGACCGGUGUGGACACCGUUGCGGACAUCUACGUCGACAACACACUGCUGCGAUCCGUGUACAAUGCACACAGGCAGUACCGCAUCCCCAUCAAGGCCGCGCUCAACAGCACGACGGGGGCCCACUCCCUGAAAAUUGUGAUCCAGCCGGCGCCACAGGCAGCCAUCAACCGCGCGGCCAAAUACAGGUACAACGUGCCGGGCCUGACGCAGCCGGGCGGCAUGUCGAACUACAACUACAUCCGCAAGCCCGCCUCCGACUUCGGCUGGGAUUGGGGCCCCGCCUUUGCCCCGGCGGGCCUCUACGGAACCGUCGAGCUGCAGGCCUACAGCACCGCCAUCCUUACUGAGGCCACGGUGCACCAGCAGCACCUGAGCAACGGCAGCGUGGUGCUGGUCUUCGAGGCGUUCCUGAGCGCGCCGCGCGCCGGCGAGACCGGCACGCUCACCGUCUCUGCCACCGACGGCAGCGGCCCCUGGUCCGCCUCUCAGAACAUCAGCAUCACCAGCGCCGGCGAGAACAAUGCCACCGUGCAGGUGCUGGUGACGCCGCCCUUCGAUCUGUGGUGGCCGGCGGGAUACGGUGGCCAGACGCUGUACCCCUUCUCCGUGGUCUAUGUGCCAGCCUCCAACGGCUCGGCGGGCUCCAACAGCACGCUGACGCGCAACGUGGGGCUGCGCACGAUCGAGCUUGUGCGCGAGGGGCGCACCGAAACAUUCACGCGCGACGUGCAGUGGGAGUCCUUCUACUUCCGCGUCAACGGCGUCCCCAUCUUUGCGCGCGGCGCCAACGCGAUCCCGGUGGACAUCUUCCACUCCAAGUCGACGGCGGCAGCCAUGCGGCAGCUGGUGGACACCGCGGUGGACGCCAACAUGAACAUGAUCCGCAUCUGGGGCGGAGGCAUGUACUACCGCGACGACUUCUAUGACAUGUGCGACCGCGCCGGCAUGCUCGUCUGGCAGGAGGCCAUGUUCGCCUGCUCGCUCUACCCCGCCAACUCCGCCUUCCUUGCAGAUGUGCGUGAGGAGGUGACCUAUCAGGCACGGCGCAUUGCUCACCACGCCUCGCUGGCCAUCUGGGGCGGUGGCAAUGAGGUGGAGGCGUCGUUCCGCUGGUUCCCGGACUCGCGCGACGACCCGCAGUCCUUCACGGACGACUACAUGCGCCUCUUCGUGUACACCAUCCGCGACGCGCUGCUGGCGGUCGACCCCAACGCCACCUACGUGGACUCCUCUCCCUCCAACCAGAUCAAGGGCGCGGACCCCUACGCCAAGAGGUGGGGCAUUGACGCAUCGGACCCGCGCUGGGGCGACGGCCACUACUACAACUACGGCGGGGACUGCACCGACCCGCGCGUGUACCCGCGCUCCAAGUUUGUGUCCGAGUUUGGCUUCCAGAGCUACCCCUCCUUCUCCGCGCUCAAGCAGGUCACCGCGCCCGAGGACUGGUCCUACACCUCUCCCAUGAUGAACUACAGGAACCGCAAGGACAAUGGCAACCCGACGCUGGUGGCGCAGAUUGCGCGCCACUUCAACCUGCCCGCUGCCAAGGCGCCCCCAGGCGGCAACCAGGCCUUCCAAUUCACGGCCACCGCAUACUGGCGCCGCAUCAAGACCGACCCAGAGGCCAUGACCAUGGGCGUGCUUUACUGGCAGCUCAACGACAUCUGGCAGGGACCUUCCUGGAGUUCGGUGGACUACGGCGGCCACUACAAGCUGCUGCACUACACCGCCAGGAACUUCUUCGCGCCUCUGCUGGUGUCUGCCGACUACGACAAGAAGACCAACGUCGCUGCCGUCUUUCUCACAUCCGACGUCAACCAGCCUCUCGCAGUGAAUGUGACGGUGGAGCUAAUUGCCUGGAACGCUACGAACGGCCCCGCGGUGUCGCACAGCAGCGUGUACACGAUUGGCGCGCUCGGCUCCAAGCAGUUCCUCACCUUCGACCUCAAGGACACGCUGCAGGAGGCCGGCGCCAAGCCCUCCGACCUCUCCAAGUACUUCGCGGCGGCAGCAGCGCCGGCGGACGUGGCCGGCAAGGUGUCGGCGAAGUCGAUCAGCCCGGCAGGCAGCCCGGCGACAUAUCAGAGCACCUGGGAGAUCUACCCCGUGCCCCUGAAGGAGGUGGCGCUAUCUGGGCAGCCCACGAUCACAUGGGACGACUUCCGCAACACUUCCUCAAACAGCACCACCUUUGUUGUCAGCUCCAAGGCUGUGGGUGCCCACGUCGCCCUUGAAUCCACCCUGCCCGGCAGGUUCAGCGACAACAACUUCAUCCUGCUGCCGUGGGCGCCCAAGACCAUCACGUUCACGUCGGCCGCGCCAUUCUCCCCGGCAGACCUGAGGGGUUCCCUCUCAGUCAUGUCCGUGGCUGACACCUACCCGCCGACCAGCGCUGUGCUGCAGCCGCCCCCUGUGGACACUUACUACCCCAACACACUCAACUGGAUCCAGGGUCUGUUCCUGGGGGCGCACCCGGGCAUGGAUCCCCUGGCGCUCACCAAGGGCGCUGGCAUCGUGCCACGCGUGUCCUCCUGUUCAGGCAACCCCAACCCAUGCGCACUCAACAGCACCUCCGCCUGAGCCCUGGCAGACAGAUCCUCCUCAAGCCUUGUACUGCACAGAGCCAGUUCUGUCGCAGCGCUGGCAGUUCUCUGGCUCUGCGAGAUGGGCUUCGCAUGGCAAAUUGCCUGAGUGGUGGCAUGCGUGCUGGUAUAGAAGGGCGAUUGAUCGGCCGGUACAGAGGGCGAUUGGCGGCCAAGAGAGGGCGUGCGAGCACUCGGCACUGUAUAGCUUAAUGGUUGAACAUGGUGCACUGCGGUCUGCAUGGCCUGCUGAACGGUGUACAGGCCAGAAUGGAACCUUGCAUUUUAUCAAUACAGGAGUGCCCUGAAUAGAUUGCAUUGCUGGAAUGCGGCGGAAGCCAAGUCAUCUCAUGAAACAUACCACGGCAUUUGAUUGGUUUUAUUGCGUUCAAGACUGCAUGUGCGAUACAUUCCUUGCAGCAUGAUCCGCCUCUGAAGUAUGAAAACAGCUUUUGGAAGGAAACCACAUGCGUUUGAGAGUUUGCCAACAAUCAUUUUGUGUUGCUUUGUGUGUAUGUAGUUGGUGUUGCCAAAAAGUUGGCCAUUGGUGGGUCCGAGCAUGAUUGCAAGAUAUGCUACCUUUUGGGAAGGAUAAAUUUCCUUGCAAUGACAAAGAAGGGACCAGAUGUAUUGAGUUCCCACGAUGAGCUUGAGCGUGUGUGAUGGAUCACCAUGUGGAUUGAGAGAUGUCAUGAUUGAUGGUGACAUGCUGACUGUGCAUCCAGUACCACUUGAAAUUGUAAGAGAUUAGUCAUGCAGC